AUGCCAAAUGAUGACUAUAAAGUUGUCAUCAAAGCAGAUAAACGACCAUCUGGAACACACGAACGCACAUUUAAUGCUCCUACAGUAGACGAAGUUGCCAUCCUGAUUGUUGGUGAACAAUUGGAAAAACGCGAUAUUGUGCUUACACGUCGCGAUACUGGGCAACUGCAACAAAUAUCUGAAUUUCAUCGAUCAUAUGACGCAUUGCAAUACCCACUGAUGUUUUGGCAAGGAGAAGAUGGAUGUUAUUUCAAUAUUAAAAUGAUAAAUCCAUUGAAUGGUGAAGAAACUACAAAGAAAGUUAGCUCAAUGAAUUAUUAUGCAUAUCGUUUGAUGAUUCGUCAAAAUGCUGACAACUAUUUGCUGCGGUUUCGUCGAUUGUUUCAGCAGUAUUGCGUUGACAUGUAUGUAAAAAUAGAAACGGAACGUUUAACAUUUAUUAGGUUGAACCAAGCCAAACUGCGUUCUGAGGAGUACGUCCAUUUACGUGAUGCAGUUAGUACUGAAGGAAAUGCAGCUAAUAUUGGUCGAUUAACUAUUCUGCCGGCGACGUACAUUGGUAGCCCACGUCAUAUGCAUGAAUAUGCACAAGAUGCAAUGACAUAUGUUCGUCAUUACGGCCGGCCAGAUCUCUUUAUUACUUUUACCUGUAAUCCAAAAUGGAUAGAAAUUACUCAAUUGCUGCUUCCCGGACAAACAUCAAAUGAUAGACACGACAUCACAGCACGUAUAUUCAGGCAAAAAAUUCGGUCCCUGAUGAACUUUAUUGUUAAACAACGCGUCUUUGGAGAUACUCGAUGCUGGAUGUAUUCAAUCGAAUGGCAAAAGCGAGGCCUGCCACACGCACACAUUCUUAUUUGGUUAGUGGAAAGAAUUCAGCCUGACCAAAUAGAUGAUAUCAUAUGUGCCGAGAUUCCUGAUCAUGAAGUCGAUCCAGACCUACAUGAUGUUGUUACUACUAAUAUGAUUCAUGGACCGUGUGGUGCCAUCAAUCCCCAAUCACCUUGCAUGGUCGAUGGAAAGUGCUCUAAACGAUAUCCACGGAAAUUAACGGCGGAGACUGUCACUGGCAACGAUGGGUAUCCGCUGUAUCGGCGUCGAUCACCAGAUGAUAACGGUCGAACUGUCACAACGAAAGUGAAAAGAAUGGAUUUCGUUGUCGACAACAGUUGGAUUGUUCCAUAUUCGCCACUUAUUUCUAAAACGUUCAAGACACAUUGCAACGUUGAAUACUGCAAUUCAGUUAAGUCAAUAAAAUAUAUUUGCAAAUAUGUCACGAAAGGCAGUGAUAUGGCGGUUUUUGGAUUGCAAUCCUCAAAUACCAACGAUGAAAUUUCACGCUAUCAAGUUGGUCGUUAUGUGAACUGUAAUGAAGCGAUUUGGCGUAUAUUCGCAUUUCCAAUUCACGAACGUCAUCCUACUGUUAUACAUUUGGCGGUGCAUCUGGAGAAUGGUCAACGAGUAUAUUUCACGGCUUCGAAUGCUACGCAACGUGCUGAAACACCUCCAGCAACUACAUUGACCAGUUUUUUUGCAAUCUGCCAAAGCGAUCAGUUUGCACGAACUUUGCUUUACUCGGAGAUGCCACGUUAUUAUACUUGGAAUGCUUCAUCCAAGAAUUUUCAAAGACGGAAGCAAGGUGAUGCGGUUCCUGGGUAUCCAGAUGUGCGUUCUACUGAUGCUCUUGGUCGUAUGUAUACAGUUCAUCCAAAGAAUGAUGAAUGUUUCUAUUUGCGGUUGUUGCUGGUAAAUGUGCGUGGGCCAACUUCAUUUGAGACACUACGAACUGUUAAUGGUGUAAUAUUCCCAACAUAUCGUGCUGCAUGUGAAGAAUUGAACUUAUUGGAAAACGAUACCCAUUGGGAUACGACAAUCGCUGAAGCCAUUAUCUCUGCAUCUCCAAGUCAGAUACGCACAUUAUUCGCUAUCAUAAUUUCGACAUAUUUUCCAUCAAACCCAUGUAACCUGUGGCACAAAUACAAGGAUAGUAUGUCAGAAGAUAUUUUACAUCAAAGUCGUGUCAGUUCCAGAAAUCACGAUAUUGAGAUGAAUGAGGAGAUACAUAAUCGUGCUUUACUCUUGAUCGAAGAUAUGUGUUACCUCAUGUGCGGUAAUUUAUUAAUCAGGUUAGGAAUGCCAGCGCCAAAUCGUGAAAUGAAUGACGCAUUUAAUCGAGAAUUGGAACGGGAACGUAAAUAUGAUCACCAGGAAUUAGAUUUAGUAGUUCAAAGGAAUGUACACCUGUUGAAUUACCAACAAAAGGAAGUUUAUGAUACUUUAAUGAAGGCAAUCGCUGAUGAAAAUGGUGGUUUAUAUUUCCUAGAUGCCCCUGGUGGAACUGGCAAGACAUUCCUUAUGUCAUUAGUUUUAGCAACUGUUCGGCGCGAGAUCCAACAUAGCGGUUGCAGUUGCUUCUUCUGGAAUAGCAGCCACAUUGUUAGAAGGAUGCCGUACGGCUCAUUCAGCAUUCAAAUUACCGUUAAAUCUUCAAACUAUUGA